AAAAAAAAUCAUGACGGAACGGAACGGAAAGUCAACCAUUCACUGGUGCAACGUAUAGAACAUUUGCUUUACCCUUCUACAACGCGGGUAUUCUUCAACACUUUUUUUUGGCUCCUAAUUGAAUUUAACCAAACUUUAGAUCCACUUCUCCAAAAUCCGAUAGAGAAAGACGAGUACACCAACCAGCGACAAGGAUAUACUCUAUGACGCGAUAGCUAAGAACUACUUUGGCCUGAGUUUAUGAUGGAUUUCUGCUAGUUUGUGGAGAGCAUCAUCUAGAUCUCUACAAGUUCUUCCCUAGCUAUGCUUAUUUGACGAAGUUUUAGCGCAAGCUUGGAAUUCUCGAAAGCAUCCAUUUUUUUUCUCUAAUGUGUCUUUGGAGAGUGUUAAAAUGGAGCUGUUAUCUGGAAAGAGAAAAGGAAAGGCGGAUGAAGACUAAUCUGCAAGUAUUUAAAUUUUAUGUUAAUGUUUAGUCUAUGUUUGAAGUUUACUUAUGAGGUGUUCCACAAGGUAAGUCUUAUGUGCAGUUAUGAAAUCCUAUGCGUGCAUUGUUCAGUUUGAUCAACUUUAUUCAGCAAAUUCAUUAAUUGCUAUUUUUAAGAGAUCGCAGCAGUUGCUUCCAUCUACAUGCUUUUUGGCGGAUAAAAUUAUUCUCGUUUUGGUUCUUUUAGUUUGGUUGGGUUCGGCAAGAGCUCUAGAUGUCGUUCCGUUCCAUCAUUCGGGAUGUAAGAGAUGGUUUUGGGAGUUUGUCUAAACGUGGCUUUGAAGUGAGGCUAAAAGGUCUUAACAAAGGAAAAUCUCAGAGCUCUGUCCAUGAAUUGCAUGAUCAACCUCCAUUGAUCCAGCAAAGUUGCUGGGCUAACCUUCCCUCUGAACUUCUUUGUGAUGUUAUUAAAAGGUUAGAGACAAGUGAAAGUACAUGGCCUUCGCGUAAACAUGUGGUUGCAUGUGCUGCAGUCUGCAGAUCAUGGAGGGAAUUGUGCAAAGAAAUAGUGAAAAGUCCUGAGUUUACUGGAAAGCUCACCUUCCCAGUUUCUUUGAAGCAGCCUGGCCCUCGAGAUGGGAUGAUCCAAUGCUUCAUUAAGAGGGAUAAGCCAAAUUCAACCUAUCAUCUUUACCUCUGUCUUAGCCCUGCUGUGCUUGUUGAGAAUGGAAAAUUCCUUCUAUCGGCAAAAAGGAUUCGUCAUGCAACCUGCACUGAGUAUAUUAUGUCCAUGGAUGCAGAUAAUAUAUGUAGAUCAAGCAAUGGUUACAUAGGAAAACUUAGGUCAAAUUUCCUGGGUACAAAAUUCAUUAUCUAUGAUGUCCAGCCGCCCUAUAAUGGGGCUUCACUAGGCCCUCCAGGAAGAACAAGCCGAAAGUUUUUCUCCAAGAAAGUCUCUCCAAAAGUGCCAACUGGUAGCUAUAAAAUCGCCCAAGUAGCAUAUGAGCUGAAUGUCCUUGGCACUCGCGGCCCACGUAGAAUGCAAUGUGUUAUGCACUGCAUCCCUGCCUCAGCCCUUUAUGCUGGCGGCACUGUGCCUGGCCAGCCAGACCACAGUCUUCCACGUUCUCUCGAAGAAUCAUUUGGUAGCAGGAACUUUUUGAAAUCCUCAAUCCUGGACCACUCCUUGAACUUCAGCAGUUCUGGUUUCUCUGAUGUCAGCGGAGUUGGAUUUGAUGAGAAUGGUUAUGACGAGGAGGUAAAAGAGAGGCCUUUGGUGCUUCGAAACAAGGCGCCGAGGUGGCAUGAGCAGCUACAAUGUUGGUGCCUUAACUUCCGAGGUCGUGUGACUGUUGCCUCUGUGAAGAACUUUCAGCUCAUCGCCACUAACCAGCCAGCAGCUGGAGCUCCGACACCAUCACAGCCCGUACCGCUGGAUCAUGACAAGAUCAUCCUGCAGUUUGGGAAGGUUGCAAAAGAUAUGUUCACAAUGGAUUAUCGUUACCCACUAUCAGCCUUUCAGUCAUUUGCAAUUUGCAUGAGCAGCUUUGACACGAAGUUAGCUUGUGAAUAGAAACAAACAAUGAGAAUGAUUUAGAAGCAAAGAUCGAUAGGUAUACGCUGACAUAUUGUUGCUGUUGCUACUGUCGUUUCGUCUGUCUUAGAUGCUUGAUAGUAAACUGCAAGUUUUUCUGAGCAUUAAUUUCCACAUGUUUCUUGUUUUUUGUUAUUUUGAAUUUUGUUGAAUGCCAUUUUCUUUGAUUUAUAAACUUUCUGUUGGUUUAAUAGUAGGUAAUAAUAGUGUUUUUCCUAUGCUGCAAGAACUAUAAAUGUGGUAAAUUUCUUUCUUUA